AAUUAUGAGAUAACUUUUCAAAGUAAGUGAAACAUACAUUUCUUCCAGGUUAAGCAGAAAUGAGAACAGAUUCUAGUCCUGAUAAGAAACGAUUUGUUCCAAAUUAGUUUGGUGCUUACAGGUCCAGAAUGUGUGUAUUCAGAACCAGAACCUUUCGGGACAGAGUCCCAGCUGCAGUUCCCGUUCCGUCCACAGAGGCGCUGUUGCACUGGAGCAGGAAGCGGAAGCAGAACGCGCCUGCUGACGUCACAGGCAGCAUGGCGGCCGUAGACGUGGAGGACGAGAGCCUCCUGGCCUCCAUGUUCCGGGCCAGCUUCCCGGACACCUGGAGGGAGAACCCGGACUUCGCCGCGUACCUGUCCGAGCUGAGCGCGUGCGGGGUGGAGGAGCUGAGCCGCGAGCCCGAGCGGCUGGCGGAGGAGCGCGCGCAGAUCCUGGAGCAGACGCGCGAGCUCGCCUUCUCCAACUACCAGACGUUCAUCCGGACGGCGGACUGCACGGAGCUCAUCUACCGGGACUUCGGCCGCGUGGAGGCGCGCGUGUCCAGCCUGCUGGACAAGCUGCCGCGCUUCGGGGAGCGCUGCAGGAGCUUCGUGAAGGAGGCGGAGGAGAUCGCCGCCAGCCGCCGCAUGAACAGCCUGACGCUGAACCGCCACACGGAGAUCCUGGAGGUCCUGGAGAUCCCGCAGCUCAUGGACACCUGCGUGCGCAACGGGUACUACGAGGAGGCGCUGGAGCUGGCGGCCUACGUCAAGAGGCUGGACCGGAAGCACGCGAGCCUGCAGGUCAUCCAGGGAAUCGUGCGCGAGGUGCGUCAGUCCACGCAGCUGAUGCUGUCCCAGCUGCUGCAGCAGCUGCGCAGUAACGCCCAGCUGCCUGUGUGUCUGCGCGUCAUCGGCUACCUGCGGCGGAUGGACGUCUUCACGGAGGCGGAGCUCCGGGUCAAGUUCCUGCAGGCGCGCAGCAGCUGGCUGCGCUCGGUGCUGGCGGCCGUCCCCGACGACGACCCGUACGUCCACAUCACCAAAACCAUCGAGGCCUGCAGGGUCCACCUGUUUGACAUCAUCACGCAGUACCGCGCCAUCUUCUCCGACGACGACCCGCUGGCCCCGCCCCCCGCCGGCCAGACGGCGGUGAACGAGGCGGCCAUCUUCCAGGGCUGGGUGGUCCAGAAGGUGGCGGAGUUCCUGGAGACGCUGCAGCGGGACCUGCAGCGCGGCGUGGGGGGCCGGCUGGACUCGCUGCUGGGACAGUGCAUGUACUUCGGCCUGUCCUUCAGCCGGGUGGGGGCGGACUUCCGGGGGCAGCUGGCGCCCAUGUUCCAGCGGGUGGCGGCGGACGCCUUCCGCGGCGCCGUGCAGGAGGCGGCCGACAAGUUCCAGGAGGACAUGAACAUGUACACGCUCAUCGCGCUGCCCUCCGUGCUGGGCGGGGCCCUCCCCCCCACCGCCCCCGGCGUCCAGCCCGGCACCCUGCAGCCCCCCAUGGUGCUGCUGGACUUCCCCCCCCUCGCCUGCUUCCUCAACAGCGUCCUGAGCGCCUUCAACGACCUGCGGCUCUGCUGCCCGCUCGGCCUGGCGCACGACGUCACGCUGUGCCUGCAGGACGCCGCCCACAUGGUGACCCAUCAGAUUCUGGCGUUCCACCGGGCCGAGGCGGCGGCGUUCAGCAGCAGGGAGGCGGAGCUCUUCUCCCAGUUCUGCUCGGCGUACGCCGAGGACCUGCUGCCCUUCCUGAACCGCUGCCUGCAGCUGCUCUUCCCGCCGGCCCAGCUGGCGCUGGUUCUGGGUGUUCCCGCCUCCCAGCUGGCCCGCUUCGGUGGUCUGGGCUGCAUCGACGUGGCGGCGGUUCUGCAGCCGCUGGACUUCCUGCUCUCUCAGAAGGAGGAGCCGGCGCCGCCAGAGAUCACAGCCGAGCUGAGCUCGCUCACUGUGGAGACCCAGCUCCCAGAAUCAGAACCGACCCGGUCCAGUCCGCCUGCCUCUGAGCCCACAGUGGAUCUGGAGCCUGAGGAGUGACGGCGCCGUGGUCACAUGACCAACUUAGAUCACAGGCUGGAGACAUGUUUCAGGGACUCUGAUGUGGGUUAGGUUCUGGUUCUGGUACUACUCAGGAGUUUUCUGCUACUUUUCAGAUGAAAUGUUUUCUUUGGAGUUUUUUAUUUUUAUGAAGAUGUAUUUAUCAAAAGUAACUUUAAUGAAAACCCAAAACUGAUUAAAGAAAGAAUUUAAACGAAACACUAAAUCAUUUUCUGGAGGAAGACUGUUGGAACAGUUGUCAUGGCAACAAAAGAUCAAUAAAGGUUCGAAAUAAAUAGUUGA